AUGGCAGUGUUAUUGGACAUCGAGGGAACCAUAUGCCCCAUCUCCUUCGUCAAGGACGUGUUGUACCCUUACUUCACUAAUAAGCUUCCUGCGCUUCUCAAAUCUCAAUCUUUCCCUUUGGACUCUAACAGCGAUGAUGCUGUGACUAAGAUUUUGACCGAGCUCCCUGCCGACACCCAAACUAAUGCUGAAUUAAUUCAAGCUCACUUUGAUGACUUGGUGAAGCGGGACAUCAAGGAUCCCGUGUUGAAGUCGCUCCAGGGCUUUGUGUGGCAACAAGGGUACCACUCAGGCGAGAUCACUGCUCCUGUGUACCCUGAUGCCAUCGAAUAUAUCAAAACCACCAGCGACGACGUUUACAUUUACUCGCUGGGAUCAAUCAAAGCACAGAAGUUAUUGUUCUCCUAUGUUGAUGACGCCGGAAAAUCUGUUGACCUCAACCCAUAUUUAAAGGGAUACUACGAUAUCCCCACCGCCGGCUACAAAAAUCAAAGCAGCAGCUACACCAAGAUCGCCGAGGCUAUCGGCUUACCAGCAUCGGAGAUUCUUUUCCUUAGUGAUAAUGAGCUUGAAGUACAAGCAGCUACUGAGGCUGGGAUGAAGGCGAAGAUUAUGGUGAGACCUGGCAACUAUGCGCUUCUGGAUAUUGGUGCCAAGUACGACAAAGUGCACCUGAUGCCCGAGGCACUUCAAAAAUAG